AUGACUACAACCUGCUCUCCGAUCUUCAAGCUGCUGAGAAAAGAUCAAGCCGUGGUAUGGAAUGAAGACUGUCAAAAUGCUUUUGAUAAGAUAAUAGAAUAUUUGCAAGAGCCUCCCAUCCUGCUGCCCCUUGUUGAGGGUAGACCUUUGAUAAUGUAUCUAACUGUGCUCGAUGAGUCCAUGGGUUGUAUCCUUGGUCAACAAGAUGAGACAUGUAAGAAAGAGCACACUAUUUACUAUUUGAGCAAGAAGUUCACAGACUGUGAGACAAGGUACUCGAUGCUUGAAAUAACCUGUUAUUCCCUAGCAUGGGCUGCUAAACGCCUCCGCCAAUACAUGGUGAAUCAUACUACUUGGUUGAUCUCGAUAAUGGAUUCGAUGAAGUAUAUCUUUGAGAAACCUGCUCUGACUGGCUGGAUUGCUCGUUGGCAAAUGCUAUUAUCCCAGUAUGAUAUCGAGUAUCACACCCAAAAAGCUAUCAAAGGAAGCAUCCUCGCUGAUUAUUUGGCACAUUAA